UUAAUCUUCAGGACAAGUCACCUUGGUGUGACAGAUAAUCAGAAACGAUGGCUUGUCAUUGGAAUAGCACUCAACAAGAUCCUUGUGCCACAGAUCCGUCCUUUUGUAGAACUAGAGGUUGAUAAGGAAUACAACAAUCUCAAGACCAGCCACAAUAUUCACACACAAAGUACAUGUGGUCGCCUUCAAAGGUGGCCGGCAAGAAAGUUUUUAAAGUAUGAGAACAUCAAUGGUAACAGUCUUCACCCAAAGCUUCCUGGUGGAAAAUACAACAUUUCCUUGUUUGAUUGUAGAGUGUUAUCUCACAUUGACUUUGCCAAGUUGUAUGUUGAAAACUUCAUGGUCAAGUUCAAUACUUUUGAUGACCACUGUGAUGCUUCAGCUGUACUCACACUGCUUGGUGGUGUGCCUGUGUUCUCACCUACCGUGCAAGCUGCAGCUAGUGAUGUCAGGAAUUCUAGGAAUGACUGGGCACACUGUGUCUUCAGUAAGUGGGAUCCUGUUAAGUUUCUGGAGAGUUUUGUCAAGAUGGAGCACCUGGUAAGAGUCAUGGCUCUACCUGCUGCAGAUGAAGCUAAACUCCUUGGAGAACUGAAAGACUGGGAAACUAAAGGUAGCGGUCUUUGUACAUGCAGCUAGUUAAAACAUGAAAAUCAAAUAAUAUAUUGUAUUGGUACAAUAUUUAGUGUUUUUUACCUUUCUUAGCUGAAAAGUCCUGUUUAACUUAAUAGCACUUACAUUAUAUAUGAAUACUAAAUAAUAUGCUUACCAAAACUAAUCAUUAAAUUAACCUUAAUGUACACCUCCCACAGAAAAGAGAAAACUAUUCCCAACAACGUUUGCUUCAUGCCUUACCCUGCCACCUAGAAUAAGAUGCUCAAACAGUAGAAUUGUCUCUUUAACCCAUGAUGUUUGCCCAGAUAAGUUGAAGAAGAGGUGGUCAUGAGGUCGUGGUGUUCUUUAAGUAAGGGAUCACCUCUCUUCCAAGAAACUGUCCCUGGAUUUUUAUGAUGGUCUUUUGUGAAGCUGUUCGUGGUAAAUUGCUGUGUCAGGUAUUAGUCUGUAAUCUUGACUGCUUUGUUGUAGGGACUUUGUUGUGCAUGAACUCCCCCAUAGACCCGGCAUUGCUUCAACUUGUUCAGAAAGAAGUAAAAUUUCUACAGGAUAAUGUGAACAACUUGUCUGCCAUAAUUCGUGAAGAGAUGAAACAGAUGGUGGAAAGACUAAAGACCUUUCAAGGUAAUCUUACUUAACCAACAACAACAACAAAAACAAUUUUAUUCUUUGUAUACAAGAGUUAGAUAGUUUGCCGCGCAAAUAGCUGGAAAGCUAGUCGUGACGGGGCAAGACAAGUACAUGAAUAACAUAAUUAUCUACUAACUAAAAAACGAUAACCUUAAACUAUUGGAAAGCCUUGCAGAUUGCAACUUAAAAUAAAUAAAACAAGAAGUUCAAUGAUCUAAUUAACUACACAGCGCUUACUGACGUACUUAAUUUAUUUAUUUAACAAUGCAUUUAAAGAUGAGGAGUCACUGACUCUUAAAGGUGGAUAACACAGAAAAGGAAGAACGGACAUUAAAACGUUUAGCAAGUGUAUCUAUUUACCGACUUUUUAAAAAAUCAUGGGGGUUUGACCAUAGUUAUCCUCUUUUUCUAAGUUAUCAAACCCUUCCAGCCCAUUUUCAUUUUGUGUCGUUAUUUGCAACAUAAUAUUGAGGUUUCUGAACCUUUAUUUUACUCGUCAGAGUAUCUGGAAAUUGUGGACUUUCUGCUUUUGUUUUGUAGAGGAUGCAGAUCAGAGGUUUGGAAGUUUAGAGACUCGCACCGGUCAAGUUGAAGACCGAGUACACAGUCUUGAAGGUAAUUUCGAGAUAAGUACUGAUGGUCCUGUGGGUUACGAAUGUUAGGUCUUCAAAUCUCUUUUUCAUUUGAAAUACUGAUCGUGAAAAUUCUAACCUGAGAUCAGGCUCAGUUUUCGUUUCGCUUUGUAAUAACAUUCCGGCGGGCAAUUUUAGCGGUAGCCGUUAGAGAGAAUGUAUGAGAACCCCUAAAAUUGGGCUUGAUCUCACGUUAUGAAAAUUCAUUUUAUUUAACAUUUUUAGGGGAUACCGUUCAGAUGUUUGGAAAUCUCGAGAGUCGUACUGGACAAGUUGAAGACCAAGUACACAGUCUUGAAGGUAGUUUCAAUGUGUCAAUGAAAUCUUUUCCAGUCUCAUUUACAACAAGAAGUUAGCAGAUCAGAGGUUUAAACGAGUUAAAGACCAUGCGCACAGUCUUUAAGUUAAUUUGGAGAUGAAGCAAUAAGCCCAUUCCUUUUGAAUCUAGUUUUUUCAUACUGAAUACGACCCACCCCGCUGUUGAUAUCUGUUCUGUGCAAAAGCAGUAGAAGUUCUUGUUAGUCAUCUAUCGAUCGUCCGAUUUGCGACAACUAAGUGACUCUUACUUUUCAAAUGAUUAGUAGGAUAUUAUUUUGUACGCUAAGUUCUGAAAAUUAAAAAUGUACUUCCAAGUCGACGUUUCCCCUUCCUCCUUUUUGUUCCUUUUGCAGCAAAGUUUCAUGACCUGACGACAAGAGAAUCUGCUUUGUCAAACGCUUCUCUUCAAGACCCACUGAUGACAUCUGACGGUAGGUUAACAUUCGCGUCUACGGCAAACGGGAAACCUGAGUUUGUACCACGUGACUUAGUUUUCCAUUUACUUAAUCGUUUACUGUUCAUUAUAAGCUUAACUCUACAGAAAUCGAUAGAUUUACGCCAAUGCUAUUCAUAACAAUUAUUUUAGCUGUUUUUAUCUGCUCAUUUCUCAUUUUGAGAACUUCCAAACUUGAAUCUCACGUUUGCUGUUUGCUGUAAACGCAAUGCUUAACUCUCUGAUAAUUCAAACUAAUUUAGAGUGAAAUUUCAUCUGCUACUAGUAAUGAGAGAAUAGUUUAAUAGCGUUGCAUGCAGUUAUCAAAAGUCAUCAGAUGACAUUUAAUCUUUAAUUUUUUGGAAUUAAACACCAUACUUGCCAGCGAUUUUCGUUAGUGAUAGUUUUAGCAGUCUGAAAAUGGUUUGGCAAUCUGUUUGACAAAACGUCGUAAUACAAAUGGUUUUCGUAUACCAACAGGGACAAACGAAUUAAAACGCUGACCUAAAUAAGGAGAAAUUAAAGCAUAAUGUUCUUUCGUCAGUUGUUAAAUAUGUUCAUUUUUGUCCAGUGUCCAAAUGUUUUUUUUUAAGCGUGGAUAAAAUUUUAUGCCUUAUUUCUAUUUUUUGUUAUUAGUCAAUCCCGAGAAACUUGUGGAACUUAUCAGACGAGACUUCAAAGGCGCUGUGCUGUGUCCCUUUCCAUGGUGUGAAGAUGAACUACAGCUGAAGCUAUCGAACAUCUUUACAAGAUUACAGAUAGUUAGUAGAACAAAGGAACGUUCACAACUUACGGAUGACGCCGUCAAUAUGACAGAAAUAUUCAAGUCACAUCCAGACUGUGACAAUCCAAGAGUGGUACUGAUUGAGGGGAAUCCUGGGAUGGGCAAAACUACGUAUUGUCAGAAGCUGGCAUAUGAUUGGUCCGUGGGGGAAAUUCCACCUGAUGCAUCAUUUCCUGAAGUGGAAAUAUUGCUUCUGUUGAAAUGCCGCCACAUGCACAUGAAAACCGCUGACAUCGAGGAGGCUAUUGAUGAUCAGCUGCUACCACAAGAUGCAGGCAAGAAGGAAAAAGAAGACUUCUUUCACUUUAUUCGCUCCAAUCAGUCUAGAGUCUUGCUGGUUCUUGAUGGUUUGGACGAAUUACGUCAGGAGCUGCUUCCGUGCAUUCAGCCAUUGAUUGAAGGCAAAAUCUUUUCCAAUACCUUCCUCGUUUUAACAGCGCGACAUGAAGCGGGAAUAAGACUACGGCGAUACUGUGAUACGCUCCUGGAAAUCAUCAGAUAUACUAAUGAUGAUGCGGACAGUUACAUCAAGAAGUAUUUCAGCAAGCACAAAGACCAAAGCCUUGCUGAAAAAAUGAUUCAACAGCUGAAAAUCAACAACAAAGCUCAGGGAGUUAACGGCUAA